AUGGCCAUUGUUACGAGGGAUCAUGGCAUGAAGGCAGGAAACAAGGUUAAUGGCAAUUACAUAUUCAGAAAUGGUGACAGAAAAUGUAGGGAAUGGGAUGGUGGCAACCUUAAAGCUGCCUUUCCUCCAUCAAGUGAUGCUGUCCUUCGAGCAGUGCAUGCUGCUAGAAAAACUGCUGAGAAAUCGAUUCAUAUUCGUGCAGUAGAUGAACAAGUAAACAAGGCAGUAAUGGCUGCAAACAGAGACGCAACUGCCGCAAGAGUGGCUGCAGUUAAAGCAGUGCAAAACAGGAUAGAUGGGAAAUUUUGUGAGACUCCUUUUUGA